CCAUUUCAUACGAAGACCCAUUUCAAGAGUUAACAAAACUUCCUAUUUUGGCUCAGUCUUUUCUCAAAAAUCAGUCCCAUUUUGGUUAAAAUUGGUUGAGUCCGCCCACUAAUACAUUGUGCUACCGAAAAAUAUGGAGAAUUUUAGAUAUGGAGCGACAUAUAUGGAAGAAAAAAUAAAUUGGCGUUUGAAGAAGACGGGAAAAGGAAGUGAGCGCUAUUGGAAGAACAUUCACAUAGUGUUCAAGACUUUUUUGAGGUGUUUGCAGGUUGUAUUCUUAAUGGAUAAGAGUUGGCUAAACAUAUCGCAUAGGAACAAUCCUUUAUAUGAGAAUGGAGCUAAGGAGUUUCUUCAUUUUGCCUCAUUAGAUAGGCCUGAUUCAUCUGAAAUCUUGUGUCCAUGUCGAAAGUGUCGUAAUAUGAUAUUUGUCCCAACAGAUUUGAUCGUUGAACACAUUGUGGUUGAUGGAUUUUUAACUAGUUAUACUACUUGGAUUUAUCAUGGUGAGAGAUCAUCUUCAUCAGUAUCUGUUGAUAAGUUAGAUAGAGAUGAUGAAAUGCAAGACAUGUUACAUGAAGCAUUUGGGAUUCCUCCUACAUCUGGUUUUGUUGAUAUAGACAUUGAUGGUGAUGGAUUUGGUGGAUCGAAUCUCCACAAUAAAGGGUUUGAUAAAAAGACUGAAGAAUUUUUUAAUUUAUUGAAAGAAGCUGAACGUGAGUUAUACCCUGGAAGCAAGUAUUCGCUACUUUCAUUCCUUGUUCCUCUAUUACAUUUAAAGUGUCUCAAUGGGUGGAGUAACAAUUCAUUUUCCAUGUUGCUAGAGUUGUUAAAAGAUGUGCUUCCUGAAGGUGAAACACUACCCAAGUCCUUUAAUGAUGCAAAGAAAAUUAUUAAAGAUUUAGGACUUGAAUACAAAAAGAUACACGCAUGUCCAAAUGAUUGUAUGAUUUAUUGGAAUGAGAUGAAAGAUAGAACAGACUGUAAGUUUUGCAAAGCACCAAGAUACAAACAUUUCAAAGGUGAAUCGGUUAAUAGCAGUUCAGAAAUCUCUAAAAUUCCAGCAAAGGUGUUUAGAUAUUUUCCAUUCAUACCGCGGCUUCAAAGACUAUUUAUGUCGGCUAAAACAUCUACUGAAAUGAGAUGGCAUGCCGAAGGUCGCACUAGAGAUGGGGUAAUGCGCCAUCCUGCUGACAGUAUUGCUUGGAGGAAAUUUGAUGAAGCGCAUGUAGAUUUUGCUCAAGAUCCUCGAAAUGUUAGACUUGGAUUGGCUUCAGAUGGCUUUAGUCCAUUCAAGUCUAUGUCUAUCUCACAUAGCACAUGGCCAGUUGUCUUUGUUCCAUAUAACUUGCCACCAUGGUUGUGCAUGAAACAACCAUAUAUGAUAUUAUCAAUGAUUAUUGAUGGCCCUCGUGCACCGGGCAAUGAUAUUGAUGUCUAUCUACGACCCUUAAUUGAUGAGUUAAAAGAAUUGUGGGCUGGUGUGGACACUUAUGAUGCAUCAAACAAUCAGAUGUUUCAAAUGCGUGCAUCAUUGCUUUGGACAAUCAGUGAUUUUCCAGCACUAGGUAACUUAUCAGGAUAUGGUGUGAAAACUAGAUAUUCUUGUCCAUGUUGUCUUACCAAGACUAAAUUUACAAGAUUGAAAAAUGGACGGAAGUAUUGUUUCAUGUCUCAUAGGCGAUGGUUACCUCGUGGGCACAAGUUUCGAAAAGAUAAAAUUAUGUUCAAUGGCCUUGCGGAGUUGGAGGUAGCGCCUAAACGGUUGUCAGGAGUUCAGAUUCUUGCGCAAUUGAACAAUAUUAGAAAUAAUUUCAGAAAAGAUCCAUUGGCCAAAUCUCUUAAAAGGAAAUGGGGGGAUGUUGAUGAUAUUGAUAAUGUGUUGCAAAAUAUAUAGAACAAAAAGAGCAUAUUUUUUGAGUUGGAAUACUGGAAGGAAAAUAUGAUCUGUCAUAAUCUUGACACGAUGCAUAUUGAAAAGAACGUUUUUGACAACAUAUUCUGGACAUUAUUGAAUGUUGAUGGCAGAGGCAAAGACAAUUUAAAUUCGCGUUUGGAUUUACAAGAGAUGGGGAUCCGAAAGGCUUUGCAUCCCAAAAAAAAAGCUAAUGGCAAAUAUUAUCUACCUCCUGCAUGUUUCACAUUGAGUAACACGCAAAAAGAUAUGCUCUUACAAGUUUUAAAAGAUGUGAAAGUACUAGAUGGAUAUGCUUCAAAUAUCUCUAAUUGUGUUGAUCUUAAGCAACGCACUAUGCAUGGGUUGAAGAGUCAUGAUUGCCAUAUUUUAAUGCAACAACUUCUUCUUAUUGCCUUGCGAAAUCUCUUGCCAGUGAAUGUCCUUAAGCCAUUGAUUGAAUUAAGUAAUUUUAGAGGCAUUUGUUCAACAACUAUGCAGAUAGGUGAAUUAGAAAAGCUCCAGGAUCGAGUUGCAGUAGUUCCUUGUCAUUUGGAGAGAAUAAUGACAAUAUACCAAGAAUCUCAAGUUUGUAUUGUUUAGCUGUAAAUGGGUUAGGGGCUCAUUGAGAAAGAUGAUUAUGGAUUUCCUCUUGUGAAUUUUAAUCAUCUACUCUACACAAGGCAUCAGUUAUCAAAUGAACCUUUCAUUUUUGCAUCUCAAGCUCAACAAGUAUUUUAUGUCGAUCAUCCAAUGGGAAAAGAGUGGCAAAUUGUUGUUAAACUUAAGCCAAGAGGUUUUUACGAUUUAGGUGAAAACACACCGGCAAUUGAGCAUAAGGAAGGCCAUAUGGAACUGUGGCCUGACCAACAGCUUGAUGAUACUACAUUUGAAAGUGAAGAUGAUAUUGAAUGGGUUAAGGAAGGAGUAUUAGGGAUAGAAGUUGACCCGCAAACUCUGGAAAUUAAUGAAGCAUUUGAUGAAGAUGACAAAAUAUCUUAGUUCUUAUUUCCAUUAUAGUUAUUGUCAUUAUUUUAAUAAAGAUGCUUAGUGAACAGUAAUUUGGUGAUUUUUACUAUGUUAUUCAGUUGUUAAAAUCUUGUGUGCCUGCAUGUCUUAUUAUUUGACCUGAUAGUUAUAUAUUAUUUUGAACUUUUAGAUAGUAGAAAAUAUUUUCAAUUUGGCAGGAUUCAUAGUUUUUGAGAAGCAUCGUU